UGUUGUUCGUCAAGUGAAGUAAUCGGCAACACGCUGUACGACUAUUGCUAGGUACCGUAUAUGUCGCAAUACCUCGUCCGUGUUAUACUCAGACCUGACUAAUUUAGUCCGCUGUUGAAGUGAUUUGACAGACAUCUUUUGGUCGCUGAUAAACUGAUACUUAACAGGCCUGCAACAUGAAGGUGAUUGUGGCUGGUUACCCCAAAACGGGAACAAAAUCUAUGAACUGGGCUCUCACCAGAUUGGGUUACAAAGUCUAUGAUUAUCCCGAGAACGUGUACUUGCUGCAGAAGGAAUACAAGAUAUUUACACAAGGCUGGACGACGGAGGAUUUCCGGAGAAUGUACGAAAAUGUUGACGCAGUCGUUGAUAUACCAGCGUUCUAUUUUUGGGAAGAAAUUCAUAAAGCUUUUCCCGACGCAAAGAUAAUCCUGACCCUGAGAGACAGCGAGGAAGAAUGGUUUCAAAGCAUGAAGAAUCUCGUUGACGUUGGAGAAUCUAAUAUUGCACUCAGAGCACUUGAGAUUUUGUCUCCCACACAAAGAAAGACAAUGAGAGAUGUUACCAAUUAUAUGGGUCCUACAAUAAUGGGAAUUCAGAAUCAGUCAAGUUUGAGACGAAAAGCUCAUUUAAAUGGAUCCAUGUUGAAAUUAAAGUACCGGAACCAUAAUUCAUCCGUACUUCAGAGAGCGCCGAAGGAUAAACUACUAGUUUACAAGUGUUCUGAAGGCUGGGAGCCUCUGUGUAAAUUUCUUGGUGUUCCAGUUCCAGAAGAACCAUUCCCGCACAAAAAUAAAGCAGGGAAUAUUGUCGGCGAGAUUUUGGAAACAAACGCAAUUUAUUUGCGCAUGCAAAGGGAAUUACUCUUUUCUUCAAUAGCUAUAAUCGCUGGAUCCAUAACAUUAGGGUAUUAUACAUACAAACUUGGGCCUCUUGGUGUCUGUAAAGGGUUGGUAGAAUCAGUCACUGAUAUGUAUGAAAAAUUUUCAACAUUUUGGUGAGAUUAAUAGCAUCACCCCGUAGUAAAUGAACAAAUGUUAUUUAAAAUUUCAUUUUUAAUUUGUGGGUAAAUCUGAUUUGUGAAUAAAGUUAAUAA